CUGUGACAUGACAAUAUGGACUCGUGAGGUCAGUCCAAACGAGCUGAACUCCUGCUCUCCAAUCGGAAUGCUCCUCCUCUCCACAAAUGUCCGGAUUUGUAACCAAUCAGCGCGCGCGGCGCGGAGACAGUGGGGACAGCGACCAGAGAUAAAAUGUUUGACUUCCAUGCAUCCUCUCAGAGCAUCUUCUAAUCCUUCGAGCACUGUCAGAAAUCUGCACGUUGAUCUAAACUCACCGCCCACUCACACUUACCACCGGGGACCAGUCAGUCUCUGAGGCCCCGGUUCACUUUUCCUCCUGAGGACCAACCUGUUACUCAAGAAAAGGAGACCUGCAUGCGCCGCAGCCGCAGAGCGCGCUCAGCUGCAGAAACCGAACACGUUCUGUAGAGUGAAGACGCAUCUGUGCUCUAAAAGUUGCCUGCAGGAGACUGGAAUAAUGACGGCGCUUGCAGGAGGUUUACCAAGAAUGAUGAGACCAAGUCCCCACCAGAACUACCCGCGGGGCGGAUACUCCCUGGAAGUCUCCACGCCGCUCGGACAAGGUCGGGUCAACCAGCUCGGCGGAGUCUUCAUCAAUGGCAGACCUCUGCCCAAUCAUAUCCGACAUAAGAUCGUGGAGAUGGCGCACCACGGCAUCCGGCCGUGUGUCAUCUCCCGCCAGCUUCGAGUUUCCCACGGCUGCGUCUCCAAGAUCCUGUGCCGAUACCAGGAGACGGGCUCCAUCAGGCCGGGCGCCAUCGGCGGCAGCAAGCCAAAGCAAACCACUUCACCAGAAAUAGACAAGAAAAUCGAGGAGUACAAGAGAGAAACCCCCGGAAUGUUCAGCUGGGAAAUCAGGGACAAAUUACUGAAAGAUGGAAUCUGCGACAGGAACAACGUCCCUUCAGUGAGCGCCAUCAGUCGCAUCAUGCGCUCAAAGUUCGGUGGAGCUGGUGAGGAUGAGGAGGAAGAGGAUGAAGUGGAGAAGAGGGCGAUCGAGGAAAACGAACCAAGGACUAAACACAGCAUUGACGGCAUUCUGGGGGACAGAUCCAGUCACUCGGACGAGGGUUCUGAUGUGGACUCCGAGCCAGGUCUGCCUUUGAAGAGGAAGCAGAGGCGUAGCCGCACCACCUUUACAGCGGAACAACUAGAGGAGCUGGAGAGGGCCUUUGAGCGCACACACUACCCAGACAUCUACACACGAGAGGAGCUGGCUCAACGCGCCAAACUGACAGAAGCUCGAGUUCAGGUGUGGUUCAGCAACAGAAGGGCACGAUGGAGGAAACAAGCAGGAGCCAACCAACUGAUGGCUUUUAACCACCUCAUACCUAGCGGUUUCCCUCCAUCGGCUAUGCCGGGCCUUCAGCCUUAUCAGCUGUCAGACAGUCCUUACCCUCCGACUUCUAUCGCCCAGGCCCCGGAGCAGACCAGUACGGUCCACCGGCCGCAGCCUCUGCCACCCACCUCCGUCCACCAGAGUGGGCUCAGCUCAUCAGCAUCUUCUCAGGAUGGAAAUUCUGCAUACUGCCUGUCGUCUGGCCGACACAGCUUCCCAGCAUACUCGGACAGCUUUGGUCCCCCGACAGGUCAUAACAGCGCUGUCAACCCCACCAUCGGCAACAGCCUCUCCCCCCAGGUAAUGGGCCUGUUGAACCCCAGUGGAGUACCACAUCAAUCCCAGAGUGAUUUUGCCCUCUCUCCCCUGACUGGAGGUCUUGAGCCCAAUGGAGCUAUGGCAGCCAGCUGUCAUGGUUCGCAGCGCUUGGAGGCUCUUCCAGCUCUGACCAGCAUGCCCACUCUGCCCAGUACUCAGUCUUACUGCCCAUCAUCCUACACUUCACCAGCUUACCCUGUAGACCACCACCCUACAUACCAAUAUGGUCAAUACAGCCAGAGCAAGGUGCCUUUCAUCAUAUGAAGCCCUCAAGAGGCCUCAUAGGACCUGUAUGGUUGCUCCGACAUUCAUCCCUGGAGACCACUGCAACAGUUCGGAUUUACCAGCGGCUCCAGGCCCAGGCGGCACGAUGAGGGGAAAGGAUUUAGGUGUUGGUAAUCAGCAGAAAAAGUUGCUUGUCUGGACUGACAAGAGGUGAUUUCAGUGGUGGGGUUGAAUGUUCCAAUGAAGGACCAAAAGUAGCGCCUUCUCUGGUAACUGGUGCUCACCUCUGUGCCUGGCUGGCUAUUCUCCAAGGGACCAAACAAGGUGGAUUAUGUCACAUAAAGCGAAAAGAUGAAGAGUGUGAAGAAUGUGGAGAUGGACUUUAUCAGCCUAGCUGCUUCCCCACUGGUGAAUGAUUCAGGCUGGUGAGCUUACACUUUCUAGGAAUGUUUUUCAGCACUACGUCUUAAAGCAGUGCUAUCAACCUGCAGUGAGAUGCAUUUGUUUUUGGACAAUGACUUUUGAGUUUGUUAGGAAAAAGAAAAGAAAAAAGAAAAACGGAAGCCUAGUGGAUCCAGUGAAUCCACUGAACCCAAAGAAAGUGCAAUACAUUCAUACCUCAUGUGCUGUAGUUUGAGAACGAUCAGAUGUCUUCACUAUAGCCUCAAAACCUGCUCUCUCUUUUUAAUUGUAAUUCAUUUUGGGUUGUCUAAAGUGAUCAAUCAGGGGAAAUAUUGAAGUCCCCAUGUCAAAAAAAAAAGAAAAAAAAAAGAAAACAAAACCGAAAGAAGCAGCAGUUCUGGCAGUGAAUACACUAUUCAGUUGACAUCAUUUUUUUAUAAUUGUUUUUGUCUGUUUGCAUGUUUACUUAGCUGUAAACAGGAGCUUGACGAUUCUGGUUCUGUUUCUUAUUUAUUUAGUGUUCAAGUGUAUUUUUGUAUGCCCCUUGUCACCACGCCUCUGUGCUUCAUGUCUUACAGUUUAUAUUUGUUACUUUUUUAUGUUUUUUUCAUUUAUAUUGAUGUGAAAUAAAGUUGUUGUAAGAAACUGUGUGUAUAAUAUAGCACUAUUACUAUUUAUAAUAAACUAUGUGACAAUAAAAAA